GCUUUGCCCUGCAGUAACCUCCUCCAUUUCUGCGCAUGAGAGUUGCAGCAUCCUGCUUACAGCAGGUCUGGUUUUUGCUCUGCUCAGAUCAGCCGCUGUGCUGAAAUGAAGUGGUGGUUGUGUGUGGUGGAGGUGUUGUGGAGGAGCCACAGUGUGCUGAGUGAGCGGAGGCGCCGAUAGUGAACUCAUCUCCUCUCCCCACACCAUGAUGAUGCGUUCAACCGCCGAGCUCAAGUAGCUGUGCGUUACAGCAACGACGGAAGCAACUACACCAGCUAAGCUAGCAUGGUUGCUGUUUGACAAGAAGUGGCCAUGGACGCCUUCAGCCAGCUGAUCUUGCUCAUCGCCACACUCAGUUUUUGCACCUUCCAGUGGCUCUUCCACAGCUUGAGUCCCUGGCUGUCAUGCAGGAUCAGCCCAGGCUUUCUAAAACUCAGCCACAAGCAGCAAAUUGAGUGGAACUCAAGGACUGUAUCCACAUUCCAUGCCAUAAUGGUUGGGCUCUUUUGCCUCUACAUCCUUUUCUUUGAUGAAGCCACCAAUCAGGACCCUGUGUGGGGAGAUCCAACAUUGGUGAAGAUAAAUGUGGGAAUAACAACAGGCUACCUCAUAUCUGAUCUGCUGCUUAUAUUUUACUACUGGAGGGCGAUAGGGGACAAGUAUUUUGUAGUUCACCACCUGGCCGCAUUGUAUGCUUACUACUUUGUACUGGGUCAAGGAAUGUUGCCUUAUUUUGCUAACUUCCGUCUGCUUGCAGAGUUUUCCACCCCGUGUGUGAACCAGCGCUGGUUCUUUGAAGUGUUAGGUUAUCCUAAAUCCUCCAGACUCAACAUUGCCAACGGUGUGCUCAUGGCAGCUGUGUUUUUCAUGGUGCGCAUCGCAGUCAUGCCUGUUUACUACAGCCGUAUGUACUCUGUAUAUGGCACGGAGGCCUUCUAUCGGGUGUCGUUCGGUGGGCGCAGUGCCUGGAUCUUUUCCAGCAUCUGUUUGGACAUCAUGAACAUCAUGUGGAUGCAUAAGAUUGCCUGCGGCUGCUAUAAGGUCCUGCGCUCCAGCCAGCAGGUAAAGACCCAAGCCCAGGAAAAUGGAAAAAUGAACUAAACUCGGAAGAAAGUUCACUUGCUGUAGUGGAGGAAAUUUGAAGAAGACAUUUGGCGCACUCUGGAUUGUUUUAUAAGUAACAGAUUGUGAGUCAGCCAGCAGCAGCUGUGUAGUUAGACUCAUUUAACUGCUUUUGAAGCUGGUCACAGGAGAAAAACCACCCCAGAGCAAUACAGUACAUGAGCAAAGUUUUCAGUGAUGCUUGUGCUACAAGCAGACCACUCGUGUCAGACUAGGUGGGCUGCUGAGGUUCCCUCAUUCCACCUACUUCAGUGGUUUAGGCCCAAUGGUCAGCUCAAAGAGCAAAGGAGUUUUUAUUUUCAUUACGUUUGAGCCGUUUACAUUUUUAUUGCCUGAAAGUAAGGCUUUUAUUUUAAACUUGAAGCUGAACAAAGUCUUACUAGGACAAAAUGUGCCACAUCCUUCUAAUUCAUUCAUCAAAGUCACUGCCAUCUGUAAACUCGAGCGGCCACCACGUUUACUUUGAGGUUACAAUUCAUACGCUAGCUGUGAAGGAUCUCACCUUCACUACAUUAAAGAAGGACUCAUCCCCGAUCACAGACCACAUCUGAACAGGACGACAGCUUUACGCCAAGGAUGCUGGAAGGUCUAACUGUGAAUGGGCAUGGACAUUUUACAUUUACGUAAAGAUUUUAUACUGCUAUUGUUGUGAUCGAGAAGAGAAGUGCACUUUCUUUGUGUAAUGGGGGGACACACUUCUGUUUUUGCUUUUUGGAAAUUGAAAAUUAUGCUGGAACGGACAUCUUCACCUAGAUUUGGUUUGGACAUGAUUAUGAACAUAAUUGGACAGUUUCACACCCUGCUGUGCCAUGAUUGCAAGACAGUUUUGAUUUUUAAACUGAGCUAUGGAAAUAGUUUACACACACGAGAUUCUCCACAACACGGCUUUGUUUGUACAGGGGAUAAGUGCAUGCUGCAGUGUGGUCCCCUGAAUGUUUUGCAUUGUUGAUAGGAAUAAUAAUGGACAUGCACAAUUGCUCAUUUUAGUUUUAUGUACCGUGACAAUAGAAUAUAAACAGUCCAAUAUUUUGUAAAAGGCUUUGGUCAUGGACUUUACUGUAUGGCUGAUGUUCCUUAUGUGUUCUCACUGAACAAAGGAUGUUCAGCAACCUUUUUUCUGCAUCAUGCCUUAUUUAUUUGAAUCCGAACUGAAUCAGCAUGUACAUGUAUAUUUAUUCUUUUAAAUGAACUGUAUUAUGUAUGGAGAAAAGGGUGUUCGUGAUGCAUCUUAAUCAAUAUAUACAGAAUAACAACGGCAACACAGGCAUAUUAAAAUCAGCUUGAGCUGCAUCGUCACUUUGUAUAAAAUUUUAGUGUAGGAUAUUCAUACGCAGUCUUGAAUCUGACUGAAAAAUCACCUACAAUGAUAAUGUUAUUGGAUGCCACAUAUUUUAUAUUAUAAAAUUUAAAAGUAUUUAUAUGUGUGUGUGUGUGUGUGUGUAAGAUGACAUGAAAUGAGAAUUACUUGCUCUUUAAAAUCAAUGAAAGUUAUAUAUUUUUAUUGAAUAAAUUACUUGAAUCCUUGCUGUACCUUCUGGGGAACAGUAGUCAGUGCAGAUUCUUUUCAUUUCUGUACUUACACGAUGUCAUCUUUUGCAUUUGAUUUUUUUUUUUUUUUCCUUUCAGACAUUUGUUCUUGAUGCCUUUUUAUUUUUAAGAAUUGUUUGGCCAUUUUCCGUAACAUCUGAUGCCAUUGUGUGUUCUUUUCCUUGUCAUUUUGUCAUAUUCUUGCCUUAGGUCUUAAUGUAUGAAAGAUGAAAUGAAAGUUUGCUCUUUUAUUUUAUUGAUAUUUAGUAUGGAUUCAGGUACACCAGCAUAAAAUACGUCUUAAUAUGGUUUUAAAACUUUGCCCAAUUACCAUGGUUCAGAUUCCUUCUAACCUUUUCCUUGUACCAAAUAUAAUGUAACGCAAAAUGUUUUCAUACUAGACAUAAACACAUUCCAUUUGUUAUAUAUUAAUGUAAUGCAUAAAUACAUUUCUGUAAACCUUCAGUGUGAGAACUGAACCUCACAGCGAUGGCUGUAAACUCCGUGAAUGGCUGGUGUAAUUUGCAGUUUUCCAUGCUGGGGAUGUUAAUUUCUCAUGAAUUAGUAGAAAUUUUCAACUCGUUUGACUUUUAAGAUUAAUGUAAGUAACUUGAUUGAGAAACAACAACAACAGAAACACCUUAUGUUUCUUGAUGUUGCUUUUGCAUCAAGCGACACAGAGCAAACAGCCUCACUGUGUUCUGAUGUGUCUGGAUGACUCUCUGUGACUGAGUUGUAAGAAGCAGGACCAAGAAUGUUGCUUACAUCUCAUUUUAUUUUGUUUUAUUUUUUAAAAUCUUAUCUUUUUUUUUUCUCUGACCCAAUAACCCCGUUUGCUCAAUAAAGCAAUAUAUUCAUUUGGAUUUAGUGUAAUCUAAGCUCCCAUGAUGAUCUGUGUCAGAAGAAUCUUCAUUAAUUGUACUUUGUAUCAAAUACAUUAGUUUCAUUAAAGCAAUAAUUCAUAGAAAAGUCAAA